AAGGCGGGGAGCCGGGCCGCCAGCGCUCCGGUCUGCCACUGACUGCGGCGCGGCGGGGCGAUGUGUGAUUACCAUGGCGAGGAGUCUCUGUCCGGGGGCCUGGCUAAGGAAACCGUAUUACCUCCAGGCUCGCUUCUCACAUGUGCGGAUGAAAUAUCUUUUCUUUUCCUGGUUGGCAGUUUUUGUUGGAAGCUGGAUUAUUUAUGUGCAAUACUCCACCUAUACAGAACUAUGCAGAGGAAAGGACUGUAAGAAAAUAAUAUGUGACAAGUACAAGACUGGAGUUAUUGAUGGGCCUGCAUGUAACAGCCUUUGUGUUACAGAAACUCUUUACUUUGGAAAAUGCUUGUCUACCAAGCCCAACAAUCAGAUGUAUUUAGGGAUUUGGGAUAAUCUACCAGGGGUUGUGAAAUGUCAAAUGGAACAAGCACUUCACCUUGAUUUUGGAACUGAAUUGGAACCAAGAAAAGAAAUAGUGUUAUUUGAUAAACCAACUAGGGGAACUACUGUACAGAAAUUCAAAGAAAUGGUCUACAGUCUCUUUAAAGCAAAAUUGGGUGACCAGGGAAAUCUCUCUGAACUGGUUAAUCUCAUCUUGACAGUGGCUGAUGGAGACAAAGACGGCCAAGUUUCCUUGGGAGAAGCGAAGUCAGCAUGGGCACUUCUUCAAUUAAAUGAGUUUCUUCUCAUGGUGAUACUUCAAGAUAAAGAACAUACCCCCAAAUUAAUGGGAUUCUGUGGUGAUCUCUAUGUAAUGGAAAGUGUUGAAUAUACCUCUCUUUAUGGAAUAAGCCUUCCAUGGGUCAUUGAGCUUUUCAUUCCAUCUGGAUUCAGAAGAAGCAUGGAUCAGUUGUUCACACCAUCGUGGCCCAGAAAGGCUAAAAUAGCCAUCGGACUACUAGAAUUUGUGGAAGAUGUUUUCCAUGGCCCCUAUGGAAACUUCCUCAUGUGUGAUACUAGUGCCAAAAACCUAGGAUAUAAUGAUAAGUAUGAUUUGAAAAUGGUGGACAUGAGAAAAAUUGUGCCGGAGACAAACCUGAAAGAACUUAUAAAGGAUCGUCACUGUGAGUCUGACCUGGACUGUGUCUAUGGCACGGACUGUCGAACUAGCUGUGAUCAGAGUACAAUGAAGUGCACUUCAGAAGUGAUACAACCAAACCUGGCAAAGGCUUGUCAGUUACUCAAAGACUAUCUACUGCGGGGUGCUCCAAGUGAGAUUCGUGAAGAAUUAGAAAAGCAACUUUAUUCUUGUAUUGCUCUCAAAGUCACAGCAAAUCAAAUGGAAAUGGAACAUUCCUUGAUACUAAAUAACCUAAAAACUUUACUGUGGAAGAAAAUUUCCUACACAAAUGACUCUUAGUUCAUUUUCACAUUAUGACCAUUGUGGGAAACACUUAGAAAAUUUUAAGCAUUUAAAAAACUGGCUUCUGAUCCAAAUCCUUGCCAGUCACACAAAAUUCCUUUCCCCUGGUCCUAAGAAGCCAUCAUCUUAAAAUAUGUCAAUUGCUGAAGUAAUGGCAGGAGGUAUAGGAUCAAUAGGCCCCAAAAGAUUUUUCCUGCUCUUUUAGAAGCCCUGGUCCAUUUCCCAGUACAUUCACUGUGUAACUAUUUUGACUGAAAAUAAUGCUGUGAAGCCUCAUUCCAUAAACAUCAACAGUGAGAGUAUUUUGUAGAUUUAUGUUAGCAAAAAUACCACUGCUGGAAACAUGGUUUGCAUUGAAGCUGCUGUUUAAAAUUUAUACAUAAAUUUACUAAUGUCUUAGCAUGGUAAAGUUUGCACAUUAACAGAAGUCUGCAAAACAAAUUAAAAUUACUCAUUUAUAAACAUGUUAAUAGUAUGCUUUGUUGUAUUAGACUUAAAACACAUUUCAACUCAGACACACCACGUGGCUUCAUAAUGUUGAGGCUUUUCCUGAGCCUUUAAAAACUCAAAAUCAAGUGUUCUUAGCAACAUGUAACUGCCACUUGUAGAAAACGGAUGAGCUUUCCAUCGUUGGUUCAGAUGGUUCAUCCUGUUACCACCCACCCAACUGAAUCCUUCAAAAAUGAUCUUAGGGCCAAACCCGAGUAUCUUGGAUUUUUGAGUUACGGAGAGGUGACACAUUAAGAGGACUCUAAAAGUCGGAACUUUUUAAAUUUGACAUUUACCUACAUUUCCUAUUGGACAAAGGGCUAUUUUUAGAGGCAUGUAAAUUUAUCCAGCUAUUUCCUCAUGUUAAUUAGAUGUACAAAGACUUGCUCCUCUCCUGAUUUUCAUGUUUGUUGAGAUCUGGGAUGUAUCUUUCCACAUGUCCAUAAAACAAAACAACUUUUAGACAAAAGACCCAGUUAUUUUCUGAUCAAAAAAUCUUAGAUAUGUGACCUUCAUUGGACAGCUUUCUCUAAAAAAUUAAAGCCAUGGAUUAGCACCAGUUUUGUGUAAAGGUAACUAUUCUUCCCACUAAUAAUCUGGUUACAAUAAAUGAAUGAAAGGACUAUUUCCUAGGAGAAGAUUGGUAUGUUGUUUGACAGACUUUUAAGGGAGAGCCAUAUCAUGCAAUGUGAGGAAUAACUCAUUUCAGGGAGAACAGAAGCCCAGGAAGCAGGUGUGAACUUUUGAGUCAAUAUGCAAGACAUCUUUUUCUGG